AUUGCAAUUCUUGCAGAAACAUAUCCUCUUCUCUUACUACCUUCCAAGCAUUUCCUUGCUGAGUGUUCGGUGUUCUUGGAUCUUUAUGCAGACUUCAGCCCAUCAAAGUGAAGUCUUCCACUGAUCAAUUAAUCUGCAGGUAGCUACCGACAUCUCUUUUGUAUGUCUAAAGAUCUCAAUUCCAAAUACGAGAGGCUGUAAAGAAUAGCAAUGGGUUGCUUCUCUGUGUUCCGGAGCAAGAAGAAUUCCAGAAGCCAGAUUGUGCAGCAUGACCAAGGUAAACUUCUAUACCAACUACUGUGCUUCUGAAGAAUCUCAGAACCUUACUGCAGUUCGUUCGAUUCUGUUUGAAGACAUCCUGAUCACUGGCAACGUGAAAAUCUACUCGUUCAAGGAGCUAAGGAAAGCCACAAGAAACUUCUGCCCAGGAAACAAGCUUGGACAGGGUUCCUUCGGCCGUGUCUAUCUGGGAAAGCUGAAUAACGGCGAGAAAGUUGCCAUCAAGGUGCUCUCCUCAGAGUCAAGGCAAAGAACGAAGGAGUUUCUGAAUGAGCUGAGUGUCAUAUCCAACAUAACCCAUCACAACCUUGUCAAACUGCAUGGCUGCUGCGUCGAUGGAGGCCAGAAGAUGCUGGUCUACAAUUAUGUGGAGAAUAACAGCCUUGCACAGACCCUUUUCGGUAAUUCGCGAAGUGGCAUCAUCUUUGACUGGAGGACAAGGGUGAAAAUCUGCAUCGGUGUAGCCGAUGGGCUCACAUACCUUCACGAAGAAAUUCGGCCGCCGAUCGUCCACCGUGACAUCAAAGCCAGCAACAUUCUCCUUGACAGAAACCUCAGCCCCACGAUAGCAGACUUUGGGUUGGCGAAGUUCUUCCCAGGCAACAUGACACAUAUCAGCACAAGGGUUGCAGGGACUCUAGGAUAUCUUGCGCCGGAGUAUGCAAUCCGAGGGCAGCUAACGAAAAAGGCCGAUGUCUACAGCUUUGGUGUACUGCUGCUGGAGAUUGUCAGCGGCAGAUGCCAUACUGAUCCCAGCUUACCUCUUGACGAGCAGUUCCUUCUAGAAAAGGUCUGGAUGCUCUAUGAGUCUGGCGAUCUUGAGAGCAUCAUUGACAGGACCCUGAAACGGGAUUUUGGCACCGAGGAAGCACGUCAGUUGCUGAAAAUAGGGCUUCUGUGCACCCAGGAUAGCCCCAAGAUGAGGCCCUCGAUGUCAAUGGUCGCCAAGAUGUUAAAGGGCGAGUGUGCCGUUGGUGACAAGAUCAUGAGGCCCGGCCUGAUCACAGACGUCAUGGACCUGAAAGUCAGGACGGUAGAGCCGGUCCAGUUUAGUUUAUCUCCAUCAAUGUCUCCUGCAUUGAGCAACUCACUGUUGUCCACACUUGCAGUAGCUGGUAGCACUGUUGUAGAAGAGAGCCCCUGAUGGAAAGUCAGCAAAUUGAAGGAUCAGAUGCCUCAUAAAAAAUGGGCUGUAAAUUGGAAGGAGCAUUGCUUGUUUUUGCUAGUGAUUUAGCACACUGUAGGAGUGUCAUUGUGUAUAUAUAUAUCAUCCUAGUUGGUAAAAUUGCCACUUAAAAAAUCACAUAUUGACUCAAA